CUUCACGUUUGGCUACAAGAGGGUCCUGCUUUUAUACCCUUAGAAACACAGCCGGCUUUGUGCCAGACCUGUAAUUGUUCACUUGUGUGGCCAUGCAGUUUCUCAUGAUCUCACUGUUGGCUGUGCCAAGAGCGUUGGCCGGGCGCCCCGGUGUGGCCAAAUGUGAAGGUCAUGGAACAGCUGCACGUUUAUGUUUUCCCACCUCUUUCCAACAAAUAGUCAUAAUGAAUAUAAAUAUAUAUACUUUUGGAAUACACUCUGUCAAAAACAUACUUUGCUAUGUCCUCGCAGUCAUUAGUGAGGAUCAACUCUCGCUUAGGUUCCCAUCCGUUACACAUGAGGAAUUGCAAAGUUCUUUUCUCCCUGCAGAGGAAAAUUUGUCAUUAGUCCUUAGAGAUCCUUAUUGUUGUUAGACUGUCCUAAUUCAGAUUGAGAUUCUCUUUGAAUGUCACAUUGCAGUCGCUAGAUAUCAACUGCAGGGAUUUAAGUGAUUACUUCCUUUUUAUUUCUUUUUUGUUGUAAGUGAACAAUCUUAGUUCUGCUGCACAUCGGACCAAUGUCAUUUGUCGAUACAAUGAACUUGACUGUGAUACUUCUGUUUCAAAAAUGAACUGCAUAACAUGCCCAGAUAAAACUAGGUUAGAUAAGAAACUUUCAUCUUUCUAAGGAGUAUAGUUUUACCAUAUUUCAGUUGCUACUUUCCAAUAAUACUGAAUUGUGUUGUCUUCAGUCUUACAAACAAAACUGUAAGGCUUCAAAAUUAAAUGGCAGCAGGAUGUUGAGUUUUGUGAUAAGUAUCUGCACCAUUAAUAACUGAAAAAGAGACUGAUGAUUGUUUUUCUCCCCCCAGUCUAGUCAGAUCUCUUGUCUUAUUUGUGUUUUUUACAGUGGCUUGCUUUGGAAAGCUUUGUUUCAGUGGGCUGUCAGGACAGCGUCUAUUCAGCAGCUGGCGGGUUGGACACAGGACUCGGUAACUUAGGAAACAGUACUGAGCCUUUCUCAUUUUUCUCAUAGGCAUAAUAAAGCAGUGAAGAGAAACUGGAGGAAGGAAGUAUUACAUGUCUUACUGAUCAGAAAACUGUUUCUGAAGUAUUUGGAUAAACUACACAUAAAUGUAGUAAGAUCUAAAGAGUAGGUUGAAAGUGUGUGGAGAGCAUGGGUUAUGAUAUUGAGCGUUUCGUUGGCUACGUCAAUGAAGGGCUGUUAUGCUCCAUCUGCCGCGAUGUGUUAGAAGAUCCAUUACAGGCUCCUUGUGAACAUGCUUUCUGUACUGCUUGUAUACAUGGAUGGCUUGUUCAUCACAGUAACUGCCCUGAAGACAGACAGAUGAUUGAUGUAUCUUUGCUACGGCCUCUCUACAGAUACAUGAGAAAUGAUUUAAACCGUCUUCAGCUACAUUGCAAAAACAGGGAGUAUGGCUGUCAAAUGGUUUGUUCUCUGGAGUCUAUAGACAGGCAUGAAAGGGAGUGUGAGUACAGUCAGAUACCCUGCUCCAAUGCUGGCUGUACAGUUCAGGUUGAACGACGUAACUUAGACGGUCACCUGGCAGUGUGUGAAUACCGGAGCCGUGAAUGCCCCAAUGGCUGUGGUUACACCAUUCUCAGCGUGGAAGACACACAGCAUAAUUGUGUGGCUGAGCUAAGAACAGAGCUAGAACUACUUCGGUCAGAAAUGAUCUGCAGAGUGGAAGAGGCAAAACAUGAGAUGGAGUCAAGGUUAGAUUCACAGAGGAGGCAUAUGGUCCAAAAAGAGAGUAUUCUGCAAAAUGAAAUUGAAGAACUGAAGAGUCAGAUGUCACGAAUGAUGUCAGAUGUACGCUCCCUGAUGGCUGCAGAGAGGCAGCACCGGCAAGAGCUGGAGCAGGCAGAGCUGGAAAAGCGGGAAUUAAUGGAGCUGCUGAGGGGGCUGCAGAAGGACUGUCGGAUAACCACUGCAGAAGGAAGCAGGAAGCCAACAAACUUCCGCCCUCUGACACGACUGGAAAGCGUGAAACGAAAACCUAGGGAAGUUACAGUUAUCUGAACAGGAGUAAGCUCAAAAAGCACUUUCUUCUAUUUUCUGUGCCCGUCUGGCUAACUUUUCUACUUCGGAUGAAUGACUGGUAAACUUUACUUGCUUUCUUUUAAGAUCUAUAUUACUAUAUUUUCUCUUGGGGCAUAUAAACAAAUGGAAGAAUUUUCUCUUAGGGAACAUUGGGCAUUAAAGCCACUAAUUGGCAAAUACAUUUUUAGCUAAUGUUUUUAUAAAAAGGGAGAAAGAUACUUGAUUUGUCAUCUCUUCAGUGUGUCAUUUACAGGAGUCUUUCAAGCCUUUGAAAGUCAAGGAUAAAUAAAGGUUGUUACUUUCCUGGUCCAUUGUAGUUCGUCUAAGUCUAGUUUAUGCUUAUGCUUGAAACAGAAAAUGUGAUCAUCAGUAAUGACAUUUGGGAUGUCCUUCAUUUUGGGAAAAGUCAGUAAUAGAAUUAGUAAGUCAGUGAUAGAAAUUAAUAGAGCUUUGGCUGUUUAUAGUCUGUAGAAGGUCUGUUUCAAAGGUGGAAAGAAAGCACUUUAUAAUUCUACAGCUAUGUAACAGCUUCAGGGGAGGUUGACUUUUACUUUAGAGCUUCGCUAAUUUCCCAGGCUGGUACUCACUGAAGAGACUAAUACCAAAGCCUGAAGUAAGAGUCACCCAGAACCUUUUAAAUGCUUGUGUGAGUAACUUGGAUUUUGUGGGAGGGGGUCUGCAUUUGGUUUAAAAAUUUGAAGCUUUUGUAUGUGCAAGUAUCAACUAUUUCUACAGGGUCCUUUAAGCUGAAGACCAGCCUAUUUGGUACUUGGUAUCUUUAAAGCAUACAUAAAUAGGAGUAUCCUUAAUUUUCUUCUGGCAAGUUUAAGGCUACUUGAAGAUUAAUGUCCACAACAGAUGAAUAUUGGCGCAGUCACUUGGACUUUGGGUGUCUUUAUUAGUACUCAAGUUUGCAGUUGUGUAAGACUCACAAAUACUGAAUCACGGGGGCAUUUGCCUGUAAGGACUGCAUGAGAAAUCUGUAUAGUUCAUAGAAUUUUCUCUAAACUUCUCACCCAACCUGUUCACGUGGGUUUCAGUGGUAUAACUAAGCCAUAGUCUGUCUGUUGCAGCUCCAGUGGAGUCAGUAGGGAAGAGCCUGGCUCCUGCUUACCGAAUGUGUUAAAUCAGCUUUGAAUUUUCAGGAAAACGUGUGCAGGUGCAGCAAUCUGAAUAAGCUAAUUUUAUAGUUUAGAAAGCAAAGAGCUUACUGUGCAUGCCUUGCUGUCACUCAGAGCAAUGCUUUUGUGGCUAACAGCAUAACCAAAGAGAGAGGCAGCAAUCUUCUGUAGCACAUAUGCUACAUUAUGAAGACUUGCAGUCAGAGCUGCCUUGAUUUCAGGCAUCAAUAAAACCUUCUAACUUGCUGUUUCUUUAGUACCACUGAAGCAGAUGUGCGCGUGUUCAGAUCUUGUGCAUUUAAAACCAGGCGGAAAUAACUCUUCUGUAAAUGUUUUGAGUUUCUUUUGCUGAAGGAAAACAUUCAUAGGAAGAGUUAUGUCCAAAUAUUUACUUGUUUUCAGUCCUUAUAUUGUAGAUGAAAUUACAUUCAUUGCCAGUAUUUAGAUCACUAUAGCAGUCUCACCAGCUCACGACGUGGCACAUCUCUUAAGCAGCCAUAUUAACAAUCUGAACCAGUAAAACAAUAGCUGUAAUUUGGGAAGGCCUUCAUUCACACUAAACAUCCAGCGGUCAAUUCAUUUACAUCAGUGUGGAUAUUAAAGCUGUAGGUAGAAAGUAAGAAUGCUUUUAUUACCUUGUGUUCUAAAUAAGAUAGCUGUUGGUGUCUGUUGUCCGUGUGGCUCUAUUUUGGCAUUCACUCUAAUUUUGAAGCUUCUUGGCAACACCAGAUUUCAUGCUGUUAGAAUCAAUCAGUGUUUUUCUGCGUGCUGUAACUGUGUGGUUCUGUCAUGUGAAUUUAUCUCCUUUGCUUCAUGUAAAAGAAGAAAAAUACUUCAAAAUCCUGUAGAAUUCAGAUGAACUGGAUCAUCUUUCCCAAGUUGGAGGGCAGUAACCCAGUCUUUCUGUUCUGACCACAGAAAAAAGACAGUUACUAGCUCUACAUUUUCUCCAUAACAAGAUCUCUGCGUUUGUCUGCUUUAUGGAUUUCACGCACUUAUUUCACUAAACUCCUCCUAGUACAGGAAAUAGGGUUUAUUUAAUACUUAGCAUUUGGUGUGCUGUCUGUCCUCUAAGUGACAGGUAUGAAACUGCAUGAGAAAAAGCAGCCUAAGUGGUAAGGAAGGACUUCAAUCUGCACAGUCUAUUUAGCUUCUAGCUGCCAGUUCUGAACUUCCAAUGUUCAGAUGUGGCCACGCUUCGGACUCACCUGCUGCUGGAAUGACUCAUCAGCUUGGGUUUCCUUUCGCAGCAAAGAAGCACUUGCAGAGGUAUUUUCAACAGUCACAUUAGUAGUUGAUAGCAUCAGAUCCUUCCAGUUACUUUAAGUUUAAUCCCAUUCCUCUGUGUUGAGAACUCUUCUGCACUUAAGACUUUCCUCUGCUGAUGAACUACACACAGGGUGGCGUAUGCUGAAGUGUGGUCAUCGUUUUACCUGUCUUAUAAUUACCUAGGCUGAAAUUAAAUAGCCCAUUAUGUUAAUAUUUUCUCUACUUUUAGCUUUUCCAGUCCCAUGUAUUACACAGCUCUUAACAGCAGCUGGCAGAAGCAAGGGAUUUUUUUCUUUCAAAUAGUCUGUAAUCCUUUUCAUAAAAAUUAAGGGUCUAAAUUUAGAUUAGACAUCAGGAAUAAAUUCGUCACUGUGAGGGUGGUGAGGCAUUGGCACAGGAUUAUAGGAGAGACACUGCUAAAAGUGCAUUACAGGAGGGCUGCAGCACUGAGUUACUGGUGGUGGCAUUCUCAUACUAAAGCACAGAGAGAGCAGACUGUGGAGGGAAGGGGUGUAUGUGCUCCGACUGUCUUCCCUCAGCCUGAGAGUAAUGAUGUGGCUGCACCAGCGGGUGCCAGCAGGUAUCUCACCAGGGCAGGCUGCUAGCCUGUGGCAUUACAAUUAACCCAGCAUUAGAAUUAAAAGGAGAUUAAAGCUUUAUCCCCAGUUAAGCGGGUACAAAAUGUCAUGGUACCAAACCUGCGAGUUUCACAAACAAAACUCACAGAGCAUGCUGUUAAGUAAAGGAUGUGAGACUACAAGGUAUUACAAGGAGGAAUGGCUGAGGGAACUGAGGCUGUUCAGUCUGGAGAAGAGAAGGCUCAGGGGGACCUUAUCGCUCUCUACAACUACCUGAAAGGAGGAUGGAGCGAGGAGGUGGCUGGUCUCUUCUCAAAAGAACAAGAAGUAACCCCAGCCCUGGGGUAACGGUUGGACUUAAAUGAUCUUGAAGGUCUUUUCCUACCUAGUUGGUUAUGAUUAAACUGGGUGAAAAAGAAUGUAUUUAAAGGAGGAUGUAUUUACUGAGGAUGUAUUUAAAUAAAUUAGUAUUUUAAAGAAAGAGGUGAAGUUUUACCUUUGAAAGGAAAUCAACAUUUACAUUGUCAUUCUGAAGACCCAAGAGCACAGUUACAAAUAGAUGUAAACUAUUUCCCUUCAACUGACUUCUCCACUGGUGAGGUCAAAUUCCAGACAAAAUAUAGUUUCCUCUGUUUCCUUCACCAUUAAAGCUGUGUUCUCUGUGCUCCUCCCAGGCACAAAGUUGUCGGUGGUCUUGGCCAGCACAGCCCCUUGCUGCUGGGAUUACUUGAGCUGAGUGGGAACAGUGAUUCGGGGGAGGUUUAGCUGAGUUUCAGCAAAAGGCCUGGAACUGAGAACUGUGCAUCCAAGUCAGGUACAGGACGGCCAGGGAAGAAUUUUGCUGACCCCCCAGUUGAGGUGGCAGUUUGUACUUAGUCUGAUUCUAGUACUACAUUAACAGUCUCAUAUGAGAUAAACUCAUUUAAGUAGCACACAAGAGUUUUUUGUCAGCACAGAAGGGAAUGGAAUUACACAAACAAAAUACCUAAUACAGUGAAGUGUUUUUAACUGGCCAGAAGUGGUUUUAUAUCAAAUGCUGUUAGUGUUUCUAAGAAGUUUCAUGUAUCAAUAGAUCCCUGUGGCAAACAGUUCCUAAGAUGUACAGAAUUGGUAGCCUUGUAAGUUAACUUUUCCACCUGCUGUCCUCUUGGACGUUUCUGGAUGGUGCUUUUCUACAGCCAUUUCACCUAGAAGAGGGGGUAGCAUUCAGAAGGAGCAGUAUGAGCCUUGCCUUUCUCCGUGCUGCUUCUCAGGUGAAGGACGGUCAGUCAGGGAGAUUUUACCACAUAGCUAGAUGCCUUUAUAAAGACCUACAAUUCUAUGCAACUUUCUAUUAACACAUAAACACUGAACUGUCUUCCAGCAUUAUGGUUCACUGCCAGUCUAUGUACGUUUUCUACCUUUAUAUACACAAGAAUAAACAGUGCUUAACAGAUCUUGAUCUCUAGUCUGUACAUGACACAGUAACACUCUUUGUAUCGCUUUGAAGUACACUUUGUAUAAAAGUUGAACUAAUAAAGGGUCUACACCAUAA